AUGGAAGAUUCGUCCGAUUGCCUUCAUCUCGAUAGAGAUAUACAAAGGAUCAUUGAAUUGAUCGAACAUGUACAAAAAACCGGUGAAUUGAAUAGUCCGAAGCUGACAUCGUUGCAAAAUAUUUUACAGUCUGAUUUCUUCUCAUCAGUUCGCGAAGUUUUUGAAAGUGUUUACGAUACCAUUAGUGCUGAUAGUUCGCGAGAGGUUAGGACAAGUGCAACUGCGAAAGCAACUGUAGCGGCAUUUGCUGCAGCUGAAGGACAUGCACAUCCGCGAAUUGUUGAACUACCAAAAACAGAUCAGGGUCUUGGAUUUAACGUUAUGGGUGGGAAGGAGCAAAAUUCCCCUAUUUAUAUAUCUCGCAUUAUACCGGGAGGUGUCGCUGACAGGAACGGAGAGUUGAAACGUGGCGAUCAGUUGAUUGCGGUAAAUGGAGUUAAUGUUGAAUGGGAAAGUCAUGAAAAAGCCGUGGACUUGUUGAAAUCGGCACGAGGUACCGUAAGAUUGGUUGUACGAUAUACGCCGCGAUUAUUAGACGAAAUGGAGCGACGCUUUGAGCGACAACGACGAAGAGCAAACCAAAACAGUCCUGCACCCAUAUUCAAGCGAUAA